CACACGAGGUCGGUCCUCAUGUGACUAUAUUUAACUCAUAUGAACAGAGUUAUGGACAAUAUGUUCAAUUUCUGUGAAUGAGUUCUCUUAAAUAUUACACACUAGCUUUAAAGGGGCAGUGCGCGAUUUUCCUUCUCUGACUGAGAUGCGGCUCUUUCUUGUCCAGAUUGAGUCGUUCUGCCGAACGUGAGGCGACUCGUUUGUCUUUUGUUGGGUUUCAAGUUUCAUCUGAUCGGCACUUUGGAAGAGAAUUGUGACAUCGUAAGAAACAUGAGAUGAGAAAGAUUUUUAUUUUCCUUUUGUCAUUCGAGAAUAAAGUGGAACUGUUGAGAACAAAGUCAAACUAAAUCACAUGAAGAAUAUUUGAGCAAUUUCGAAAAUAAAGUGGAAUUUUUGGUCUUUUUGGUUUUACAAAUUUGGUUCCCUCAAAGCAGCUACAGUUUCACGUUUCUUCUCUUUCUGAACAGACAGCGAACUCUCCCGGGAGCCGACGCAUCUCGACACUGUUCAUGAGCCGCAGCUCGUGAUGAGUCGUUACUAAAACUGAAUCUGAAGAGUAAUUUCGCCAAGUCACUGUACACCAGGCGUUUUGUGCACCGACGUCAGUAGUUUGAUCAAAUCUCUCGACUUCUAAUCUAGAAACUUUCCAUUUUUUUUUUCCAGAACUUUGACUUUAUCCUCCAGACGCAGCGCGUUUUUUCUCUUUUGCCUUUUCACCCUCGUGUUCUUCCGUAGAAUCCGUUCAGCUCUGAUGGAGCAGAACAGAGUCGUCCUCUGGACCUUCGUGGCAGGUACAGUAUGUGUUCACUUCAGUUUCUGUGUUUCAUCAUUUCAUUGUCUUAGUCACAAUAAUAAUUACUCAUUAUAACUGCUCUGAGGUGUUCCAGGUCGUCACGCAUGUUUCACAUGGGUUAGUUAGAAGAAAGUGGGCGGGGCUUGUCAGCAGGUACAUAUGAAGUCCAUCAGAGCGACUCACCUGUCGUCAGUGAGCUGCUCGCUGGCCAUCAGACGCUCGACUUCUGACAUCUGUACGAGAAGAGAGACGCCGCUGGAACCAUGACGGACGAGCUGGUUAAAGAAUCUAUCUUUCAGGGGGUGGAGCUCCACACUGAGACCAACAACACUGAACACCACACCAGUGAGAUCUCAGUGACGGAGCUGAUCGUGAGGCGAGGUCAACCCUUCACCGUGACCCUGCGACUGAGGCAACCCUUCAACCCCGACCGUCACCCGCUCACCGUCAUGGCGAUGGCCGGUCCAGAACCUCGCGAGGACUUCGGGACCAUGUCGUACUUUGGAAUCCCGCCCAGCGUUAGACCUUCAGCGAAGGCGUCGUGGAAGCUCGAGCUUCACAAGAACUCCGCCCCUCAUACGGGCGUCUUGCCUCUGAUCAUCACCCCCCCGGCCGACGCCCCCAUAGGAGAGUACAUCCUGACUGCCAGUCACCGGGACGAGGACACGUUGUUGGCGAGGCUGGUUGUGCUCUUUAACACCUGGUGUCCCGAGGACGGGGUGUUUCUGCCUGAUGAGGCGGAAAGACAGGAGUACGUGAUGAGCGAACAAGGAAUCAUCUACAAAGGAAGUGGAAACUACAUCAAUUCCCUGUCCUGGGACUUCGGACAGUUCGAGGACGACAUGGUAAAGAUUUGUAUGACGAUAUUGAACGUCAGCAACAACCACCUGGACAACCCAGCGGAGGACGUGUCCGCUCGCGCCGAUCCUACCUACGUCGGCCGCGUGGUCAGCGCCAUGAUCAACUCUCAAGACGACCACGGCGUCGUGUACGGGAAGUGGGGAGGUUCGUAUGUUGGCGGGAGAUCGCCGUCCCACUGGAGCGGCAGCCACGCCAUCCUCAAGCACUGGCUGAAUAUUAACUGCCACCCGGUCAAGUUCGGCCAGUGCUGGGUGUUCGCUGGCGUGAUGUGUUCAGUGAUGCGUCUGUUCGGCAUCCCCUGCCGCGUGGUCACCAACUACUCGUCCGCCCAUGACACCAACAGCAAUCUGACCAUCGACGUGUACCACGCCGACUACGGGGUCCGAGAGAGAGAAUCCCCGGACAGUGUUUGGAACUUCCACGUGUGGGUGGAGGGGUGGAUGAAACGUCCCGACCUGGCGGUCGAUGGAAAGUUUGACGGCUGGCAAGUUCUGGAUCCGACACCGCAGGAGAUGAGCAACGGUAUCUUCUGCUGUGGUCCGGCUUCAGUCAAAGCCAUACAGAGCGGGGACGUCAACCUCAAAUAUGACGUCCCGUUUGUCUUCGCUGAGGUCAAUGCCGACUGCGUCGACUGGCUGGUCAAAGCUGACGGUUCAAAAUUGAAAAUCUUCUCCGACACCAAGAAAGUCGGUCAGAACAUCUCCACCAAGUCUGUUGGCUCCAAAAAGAGGAGGAACAUCACCGACAACUACAAGCACCGGGAGGGAUCAGAGAAGGAGAGGAAUGUGUUCAAGUACGCCCUCACCAGGGACUUCACCAUAGAUGAGGAGGAAGAGGAGAAUGAAGUGGAAGAGGAGAACGAGGAGGCGAUGGAGACCUCCGAUGGUACGGGUGCGGCGACAGGGGAGAACGAGGAAGCGACGGGGACCUCUGGAGGUGCAGUUGCAGCGACUGGUACCUCUGGAGGUGCAGUUGCAGCGACUGGUACCUCUGGAGGUGCAGUUGCAGCGACUGGUACCUCUGGAGGUGCAGUUGCAGCGACUGGUACCUCUGGAGGUGCAGGUGCAACAACUGGUACCUCUGGAGGUGCAGGUGCAGCGACUGGGACCUCAGCAGGUGCAGGUGCAGCGACUGGUACAGUGACUGGUACCUCUGCAGGUGCAACGACUGGGACAUCUAGAGGUGCGGGUGCGGCGACUGGUACCUCUGCAGGUGCAGGUGCAGCGACAGGGACUUCUAGAGGUGCGGGUGCAGCGACGGGGAACUCUGGAGGUGCAGGUGCAGCGACCCCAGACAACAUUCCUCUACUACCAGUGUCCUUGCGAUUCAGAGAGGUGUCCAAGCCGCUGAACGGUAAGGACGUGAAACUGGAUCUGGUGCUGCGGAGCGAGAGCCGCGUCGCCCGGCCGCUGUCCAUCAACAUCAGCGUCCAGGCCAUGAGGUACAACGGCUCGGCGGUCGCUCACAUCCAGACCGAGGUGAAGGAGGAGAUCCUGCAGCCGGGGAAAGGUCUGUCCAUCCCCGUCCUGGUCCUGUUCUCGGCCUACCACAAACACAUGGUGCAGUGCGACAGCGUGAAGGUCUCGGCUGUGGUCACGGACAAGGAGAAUCCAGACGACGUUUAUCUGGCUGAGAGCGAUGUGGUGCUGCUCGACCCGCCCCUGUCCAUCAUUGUUUCCGGUCCGGUGAGACUGAACCACGAGACGAGCGUGGAACUGAUCUUCAAGAACCCGGCGAACGAGACGCUGACGGACUGCGAGCUGACGGUGUCGGGGAGCGGCCUGUUGAGGGACGAGACCCCGUGGAAGCUCCCGGAGCUGCAGCCCAAAAAACAAUUUCGUAUCAAGGUGUUCUUCGUUCCGUACAAGAAAGGAGAGAAGACGCUCAUGGCCGUCAUCGACUGCUCCACCUUCAGAGACAUCAAGGCCACCUACACCGUCACCGUCGCGCCGUAGAAAACAACGGAGCAACGGAGUCACGUUACUUUUACUGGGAAACAAAAUGUCACAUACAGUAACUACAUGUCAGACUGGUUCCAUUUACUUUGACUUCAUUCAGUGACUUUUGCAAAAGCAAUAAAAUGCAGGUUACGUGGCCCUGAAGUGCAGAUCACACAACGGCAAAUCAAAAAAACACAAAUCGAAAAGCACAACAGCAAAUAAAGAAGUAACGGCAAAUCAAAAAGUUUCUGUUUCUGUUUUGCUGUUGUGUUUUUUGAUUUGUGGUUGUGUUUUCUUGUCGUUGUGAUUGGCACUUCAGGGCCACCGUAGGGUUCAGGGUGCAGACAAGCAGCUUCUCAACAAUCUUCUCGUCCGAACUUUCCUCAGAAGAAACCGCAGCUCUCUUGCUGCAAUGCAUUAUGGUCUAUGUUGUUGCUAGGGUAGUUUUUUUUUUAAUCUGAAGACCAAAGUGAUUCAGUGGAAAGACGAUAUUUUAAAAAACAAUCCUCACAAGCGGUGCUGGUUCUGUCAGAAGAUGAAAACACGUCCGCUCUCUUUCCUCUGAAAUAGAAACCUGACAACUGGAGCGCUCUGGCCCGUGAGGCCUUCAAGACUGUGGAAAAGACUCGUGGAAACGGGGUUUUCACCUCAGCAGUGAAGCAGGUCGUCCCUUGAAGGUGGAAACUUCUAAAGAUUCACUUCCUUGUUCAGCUGGUCAACUGCUGCUGCGUGACUUUUUAUCCCUCCAGUCAUUUUUCAAUACUUUACAAUACUAUACUAUUUGUACAGAACGGCAGGAGGUUUCUGCUCCACUGGAUGUCAGGGUUCAUACACCUUUUCCAAAGUCAAAUUCAAGCACUUUUUCAAGCAUUUUCAAGCUUCUCCAGCACCUUACAGCUGUGGUAAAUUACAUAUUUUCCCACGAAUAAAUAUGUUUAAAGAGAUGGUAUAAUGCUAUUAACAACCAAGAUUGUGUUUUCGUGAUAACAGAAGGGUAAGAAAUGAAAGGACACAUGCGAGUUAUAUGGUUUAAAAUGUGUCAUGUUUGAAGCUACAAUUGAAGCAUGAAAAUGCUUGCUUCUAAAUUCAAGCACUUUUCAAACCUUGAAAACACAACUUUCAAAUUCAAGCAUUUUUAAGGAUUUCAAGCCCCCGUACGAACCCUGUCAAUGGGUUUUCUCAGUUCACACAUUUUAAACUGCUUCUUGGUCGUCGUUGCUGUUUUAUUUCUUCUACGAUGGACGCGUUAUUCUGUUUUGGAUGUUUACAGUUUUUACAGUGUUAAUGUUUCAUGUUGUUGCUAUUUUCCAUGAGGCUUUGCUGCAAAAAGAAUUUUCCUGUUGUGGAACAAUAAAGAUGUUGAGCUGAAAUGCAGUUAUUCAAAUUCUGUUUGAGACGUACUGUAUGAAGAACAAUGUAACACUGACGGGAGCGCUUGCAUAGUCACACUUCAUUUCUCAUUGGUCUGUUAUUUCUGAAUAAAAUCUUUAAAUUUA